CUCAUUGCUAGGCCUUGAGUCAACACGCAUGCAAUUUGUGUCUUUCCUUUCAUAUGAAUACCGUGCAGCAAUAUAGUCAAUACAUCAAUACCGCUGCCAAUCCCGCUACUAUUGUUCUACCGAAAAACCAAAAGAAAAAUAUCCAUCUUCAUCGGUUGCCUCGUGCUGUUUUCCUCUUCUCGUGAUCUCUGUUUUCACAAUAGGUUUCCAUCCUAUCCUAUCCUAUCCUACAAUGUCGUCGUCUGCGAGCGUUCCUAAAGGAGAUGCUGAGGGGCAGCAGCCUGCCAGCACUCAAGCUCAAGCCGAAGACACGACUGCUGAGGCCACGUCGGCGGACCCGGAGGACCCCCCGGCAAAGAGUUUACGGACUUUGUGUUUUGGUGGUUGCUUCUGUUUGGUUUGACUCUUCUAAGGCUAAGGGGAAAGAGCCUAGCUCAUCGGGUGAAUUGACACCUAGACCGUGGUAGCCUUACCGCUACAAAGAAGCAUACUUCCUCUACAACAACAGCCACAGCGUGAGCAGGAGCCGGCUGUCGACACUAGCAACAUCUUGGAACCAGUAGACGCAACGAUUGCACAGCGUCAUGAAGUGCUCAGAAAAAAGAUUAGUGAACUGAUCAACUUUCGAGAGGAACGGGCAAAGUCGCAGCAUUCAUACGAACAAUUUCGAGCAUCUAUAGAUUAAGGCUAGUUGUCCAUCACUCAUCUUGCACUAGUGCACUGGCGCCGUCUCGGGUCUAUGCCGGGUCCUCGCCGCAUCGUCCGAGAAAUGUACGACUUCUUUGCGCCCACCCCAUCUGGGGCGCUGGCCCUUUGGCUGAAGACUUUGAAAUUGAAAAAUAAAUUGUAGGGUGUGUAAGUAUUUAGUAUCCUGAAAAGUACCCGUCCCCGCUGUCAUUUCAAGGGAAAAUCUACACUGAAAAGUGGCGGUCCCCUCUAUGAUCAUUUUAAGGGGUGGAAUUCGAGAGCAGGACGAAAGAAAGCAACAGCUCGAACUCACUCCACCUUCACAUAUACAAACAUAUUGAGCCGUAAUUCUGUAGACGAAGCAACUCACUCCACCACAAGUACAAACAUAUUGAGUGGUAUAAAAAUUCCGUAGACGUUACAAAGCACAACCAACUUACUGCACCACAGAGACAGAUACGCUUCUAAAAAGAGGAGCAUCGUAAUUCCGUAGACAUAACGCAGCUGAGGAGGGAAGUAGAGGCAGUAAAAAGCGGCUACCAUCCACCAGUUUUGGACGAGGACGGGCGACUUUCCAUUAAGGCAUUCACAAAGCGUCCAUCUACGUCUAGAACUACAUGAUCUGACGAGCGUUGUCGUGUUUUUGAAAUGGCUUUUCUCGGGGGUUCCGUUUCUUUUUGAGGGAAAAGGAAGGCACCGAUACUGACUGUCAGAACUAGUCUCUACGGGUGCUACGGGUGCUACGGGCAGCACUAUCAGAGACGCGCACAUGGCAUGCGUGUUGGUUCCUGAAGAUGUGUUUCCCGUACUACUUAGUUCCAUUUCUAAUAGAACGUCCAAGCUAGAGCAUGACUAUCUGGAGGCUCGCAUGACGCAGAAGUACGAUUAUCUGCGGCAAAAACUGAGUACGGUGAGCAAUGUCCAAGACAUGGAAUUGGAGAAGAUUAGGGAACAACUGCAGAAUGCUUUUUCAGAGGAGCGACUAUCGAUUAGGGCUAGUUUUUCACUAUCACUAUCCCAUACCAACCAUCCCAUGCGUUCGACUUAGUCAAACACCAUUUUCCCUAGAGUGUUUGGGUUGUACAUCUACAUGUAUUAAGUCGGAUUCUGGACGAUGCCGAGCCAAGUGCAAGGGUAACUGACGCAGCCACGGAUAGUGACCACGGAUAGUGAAAAACUAGCGUUAAAUCAAAGAUGGUGGACUCACAAGUGGAGAUGCAAUUACAGAAAUUAAGGCAGGUAACCCAGGGUCGUGGUUCACAGGAGUGAAGAAGCCUGACUUCCGCUACUAAGUCACAUCUCAUGAAGUCAACAUCCUAUUCCUAUUCCUAGGAGAAAGACCUGCCCGUGACUGUAUUCUGGAACUGGAAGGGCUACUUCUCAUUCGGAAAAGGGGUCUUCUAGAAUGCACGGUCUUAAGAUCGAGGACAAGCAUAAGGGCGAGCUCUAAGGAAAACCAUGUGUCUCGUUUUUGGCGACGAACUUCUCAGAGACGAUUAUAGAGAGCAUUUAGAGUAUCCACCGUCUACAGAUGUUGUUGACGAGAGUGGUACUCAAGACAGGUUCACAGAAAUAUCCGGCGCUAUGGGGCCAGAGUUACAGUUGUCACGGGAAGAUGCCGAGGAUACAACUUAAGGACUACCGUAAGCAUCUUAGACCGUAAGCAUCUUAGGCCUACCGUAAGCAUCAUCUUCUGAAGCAUCUUAGACCUGCCCCAUAUCAGGGGAAAACUAUACAAAGGUGCAGGAUGAACCCCGCGAUGGAUUAAGGUUAGCUCUAAGAAACUCUUAUCGAAAUCGAAAGCACACAGGCACAGGGUGGCGGAAGUAAGUACAGCACGAUGGGAGCGAUGAAUCUCUUCGAGCAAGUAGAUGAGCAGGACAGCAAGGGUAGAGAAAACUCGUCCUUCCCAUCGAAUUCUUCGCCAGCACCUGAUGGAGGAAGUGGGGGAGAGAUCAGAGAUUGGCGUGAGUGGCAGAAAAACUUGCGAUCUGUGAUUCGUGCCAGUAUCACAAGGUCAUUUGCAGCUGUGCGUGACCGUGUGGAAAAUCAAGUGACCGAUCUAGUCGAGAAAAAAUUAGACACCUUGCUGUCCUCAAAUUUAAGGUCGAGGUACCUUAUCUUCUAGGCGACAAACGCAAAGUUGUUGACGCACAUCUUCUAGUAGUAAAUCUGUUACCACUACAACCUCUACAACGAUGUUGAAGGUCGUCCUAGAAGAAGUAGAGUUGUCUCCUCCUGUUGUUCCUCGUUCUCAACAGUAGUUUUUCGUUUCCUGCUAGCUCAUCUUCUAAUAUUCAACAAUGGUGCAGCUGAAGCUGGAACACCUGGCUCCCAGGGGCCUAGACCUGGUACAACUAGCAAGGUGGUGGAAGAUAUUGAGUCUGCUGCUGCCGACGGCGCAGGAGAAAACGCUGGAACUGGAAGUGGUGGAACUGGAACUGAAGUGGACGCCGGUGUAGGUAAUGAAGGGAACAAAUCCACUGAAGACGCAGGAUCAGGUGGUGGAGGUGCUGGGACGGCUGAAAAUGGUGGUGGCGGACCCGAAGACAGUGCUGCUGGAGCCGAAGGCCCUGUCGCUCUACAUCAAGAGUUUGAGACGAGGUUACAGGCAGAGUAUGCCUUCAAAGAUGAUGAGGGAAAUUUGUUAGAGCUGGACGCAUUGUUGUAUGAUGCCACACAUUGAGAACAAAGAUUUGGCAAUGUCGUUCCUAAGCAAGAAGGACAAGGCGGAACGACAUUCCCAUAUCAAUCUACAUUCUCAAUGAGUGGAGGAAGCAUUCAGUUGUUGAACGACAUCGACGUCACGCUCGCCCGAAAGAUUCUAGCUUUGGGGACGCAGGUGCAGACCAUGCAAAAAUAUGGCUCAUGAUAAUUCAUCAACAUAUACAGGAGGUACAUGCUGUUCUGUCAUCUUCACAUCAGAGCAGUCCGUUGUAUUUUUUCUUUUUGCCCUCUCUUGGAUUCAUCUGAGUAAUAAACUAUGACCGUAGAAGAAGAUCAAUUUUUCUUGGUCUUCUUGAUGGAUACAUCUUUGGAGCCUUGCUAACAAAGGAUGCAUUUGGAACAACAGAAGACUUUAGUUCGCCAAGAGGCUUUGCUUGCAAAAACGUUGGCUCGACUGGGUGAAAAGGUGGAAGACGAUGGGCAAUGGAACAUACUGGCAGUGAGACAGGAUCAGUUCGAGGACCGUUUGUCCACUGUAGAAGAGGGCCUGAUGGAGCACAAGUGAUGGAGCAGAAGUAAGCCUUGCCUUGUAGUGUGGUGUUGAUUGGAUUCUGCAUCGUGGUGAAGAACUACAUCAAAGGAUGAGCAGACAUGACUUAUUGAUGUUCCGUUUGUGGUUACUUCUUCAGCACAAUUCGGGUGAACGAAGAAAGAGAAUCUUUCGGACGUCGCCUGUUGUAAAGCAUGAAUGUUCCAGAAGAAUCAAUAACUCAAGUCCUAGUUGAUGUUUCACGUUUUGGUUUUGGAAGG